UUCAAGAAGAGAUAAAAGAAAGUAUGUUUUUUUUUAAUUUUUAUAUGUGCAAUAACUCAUCCGAAUUUGGAAGAGAUCAAAUCAAGGGGGUGAUGGUAUCAGUGUAAGCCAACAGACAGAAAAGGAAUUAAUGAUAUCUUUUUUCUUCUUUUUCCAAAUUCUCAAAAAAUUCAAAUUCCAUUUUUUUCCUCCCCCUUCAAAUUAACCAAACUUUAUAAUCCAUAAUAAAAAAUGAGCAGCAGUUUCGGGAGCAAUUUUACAAGCAUGGACUUGUCGGGCUCAAAGAAGGAGGAAGUCAAGCAACAGGUUAAGCGGGAACUGGCAAUGGCCAAUGCGCAGGAGCUCGUUAACAACGUCAACAAGAACUGCUUCAAACUCUGCCUGACCAACCCCAGCACCAGUCUGUCAUCCAUAGACGAGGGUUGCUUGUCUCGGUGUAUGGACAAGUAUUUGGGCAGCUGGGAUAUUGUCUCCAGAGCCUAUGUUGCACGGGUUCAGCAAGAGAACAAGUAGAAAAUAAAAAUAAAAUAUUUUUGGG